GAUGAAACAGGUGCUGAUGUCAUCAUAGGGGUGUCCUUGAUGGGAAUAAUUGUUGGUUAUGAAAAUAACCAGGCUUCAAAAUUUUAUAAGUGGAAAGAUAUAACCAAUGUGAUUAACCACAAGCGAAACUUUGGGAUAGAAUGUCAGCUGCCAGAUGAAACAGUUCAUUUCCAGUUUCCUGAUCCAGAAUCAGCAAAAUAUGUAUGGAGGAUGUGUGUGCAUCAGCACACAUUCUACGUGCAAAAUGAGCAGACAGCAGAGCCCAUGCAGAAUGUGCAACUAGGGGAUCACAUGGCUCAAACUCUCUUUCACACUGCCUUAGAGGAUAGUCAUUUAACAGAGAGCUGCGAAGAGCUUGACAACAGAGAAACUAGCAGAGGGCCUGUGUCUUGGGGCAUGCCACCUUCUGUAGUACAGCGAGCUCAGUCGACAUCUUGCCUUGACCUUACUACACCUGCAGACAUCGACAAGCUAAGAGCCCUGUUACCAUCAUACCGUCCUGCCCCUGACUAUGAGACAGCAGUGCAACAGAAGUACCAUGGAGCUGGACACACCUCAGGGAAUUUAAACAUUAGACCUAGUCAUCAAAUUGGAAUUUUAUAUAGCAGCCAGCCUGAAAUACACCAGACUCAUGUCCAAGAGAAUCUUUGUUCGUAUGGUCAUUACAAGCAUUAUCCUGAUGUUACACAAGUGGAACGACUGUACCUGGAAUCUAGAAGUGAGGAACCACAACGGAUGAUGAACGGAAGUGUGGACCAUAACUCUCAUGUAGUGCUUCCAACACUACACACUUACAGUACUCCUGAAUUGGAUACUGUGGAGAACCACCUGAUCCAGGGAUUGCAGCUCCUGCACCUGUACAAACCACCGCCUCCAUACCCCAUCAGUCGACCAAGCAGCAACAGCACUCCAGAUCUUGCAUCAAAAACACUGAGUCCUCCACAGCCAACUUUUAUUAACCCGCAGGUCAGUGGAUCCAGCCCAGACUUGGUAUCAUCAAGGAGUCUUGGUCCAGGCAGACACCAGCAACAUCAGCACCAUCAUUAUCAUCAUCAGCAGCAGCAUCAUUACAUUGAUCCAGCAGUGACCUCUCAUCAGCUUUUGCCUAAUCCAGAAGCACAUCGUACUUACACCAAUCUGGCUGCAGUGUUGGACACUCAGCAACAGCAUCCACAUCUGGAGGAUCUGCGGAGAGCCUUUGUGGCCUCAGAAGAACCUAACAUUGUUUACUGCAUGGGUGGAAGUGGUGAUGUAGGACUGCUCUUGGAGAACAGGUCUAGAUCAACCACAAUGCCCUACCAGACGAUGAACUCUGUAUCCACUGGGUCACAGUAUGCAGGCAGGGCACCUGAACCCAUUUAUGAGAAUGUUCCACUUCCGUGGGCAGCUGAUGGCCGAGUGACAGGUCUAAUGGGUGGUGGAGAUGGUCCAGGUGCUCGAAGUCGGACGUCCAGCAUGCAGUCGGCACCAGAGACAUGUCAAGUACAAAAUGCAGAGCAUAAUAUUGGAAUGAGUGUCAUCAUGCCAGCAUUGUGCACUGAGAGCAGUGGGGGGCAACAGCAUCUUCACAGUUCAGCAGCCGAACAGUUCUCACCGAGAAGUAGGCAUGUUGCCGUGAACCACACACCUCCAGCACCACACAAAAUGGCCUCCUCCUCUCUUCAGUUCCCAGGGAAGAGCAAGCUGGGAGCAGCAUCAGAAAAUUCUUUUGCAUCAGGUGCUGAACGUCUCUGUGAGGAAGAGCAGGUGCAUAAGAGUGAUGCGUCUGCAAGCUGUUCGGGUAUGGAUUUUGGAAAGCAGAAACCAAAGAGGAAGUGGGGGCUGCUUGGUGGGGGUGGGAGGACUAAAUCGAGUUCAAAUGCCAAAGGCUCAAAGAGCAAUACAUUAACGAAGGAAACGAUGGCUGAUGAAGAUGUUGCCGGAAACAGGCGGAGCACAGGCCUGCCGAGGUUACCUCUGCCAGCUACCAUAUCAAAGGAAUCUAUGUGCCAAUUACUGGAAAGGAAGCUAGCAGACAGUCAGCUGUUCUUUGAAUUUGAAAGGAUUCCAAAGAAAAAAACAAACAUUGAAUUUGGAACAGCAUUGCAUCCAGAUAACAUUGCUCGCAACAGGUACAAAGAUGUACUGCCAUAUGAAGAAAACCGCGUGAGGUUGACUCCCAACAGAGAGAACAAGUUCGGGUACAUAAAUGCUUCCCAUAUCACAGCCACCGUUGGCACUCACCAGAGGUUCUACAUUGCUGCUCAGGGACCACUGCCUUCUACUGUCAGUAGCUUCUGGCAGAUGAUCUGGGAAGCAGAUGUGUACCUGGUAGUAAUGCUGACCGGAGCACAGGAAGAGGGGUCAACUGUGUACUGUCCUGGGCUGGCAGAGAGGUGUGUAGAGGUUGGAGAGUUUCAAGUGUGGCGCCAGUUUUCACAAGAGACUGGCCACUGUCUCACCACCAAGUUGCAACUCUUUCACACGUCGUCUCGCCGAGGAAGGGGAGUGUGGCAUCUGCAGUAUUUAGAGUGGGGUGACCAAGGCUGUCCUCAUAAUGUUGGGCACUUUUUAGGGUUCCUGGAGGAGCUGAGCUCUGUAAGACAGCACACAGUGAGUGAAAUCCCAGCCGCUCAUAAUCGCAAUCCACCUGUAUUGGUACACUGUACAGCUGGAGUGGGGCGUACUGGAGUAACGAUACUGAGUGAUUUACUGCUUUACACACUUGAUCACAACCAGGAACUGGAUAUCCCACGUGUAGUUGCACUUCUCAGACACCAGAGGAUGCUGAUGAUUCAAACGGUUGCCCAGUAUAGAUUCGUGUACAGCCUUCUUAUCUAUUAUUUGAAACACUCUCGUCUGAUCUGAUCUCUUAUUAAGUUGUGGGAUGGCAGUGCAAUCAGAGAAAUAUUAAUUAUGCUACAGAAGGAAAUGAUUUGGUCAGCAGACUUUAUAUACAGUGAACAGCACCAUGAGUUCAAAGUGCAAACAUGAAGUACUGAAAGUAAAAAUAACUGGGAUUAUUGCAAUAAUUUAUACCCUGCAUGUUAAAUUAGUAAAGGCAAGAUCUUUAUUCUGUUAUUAAGGAAAACAUUUGUUUGGUAUGGCACAGAUUUGUCUAAUGUUGUCCAAGGUGUAGCUGAUCUACACAACAUUUUGGGAAUUUGAUCUGGUUUAAUUUUCAGAUGACAUUUUAUUGGCAGUUUUUAUUUUAUUUUGUGUAUUUUAUUUCUUGAGGCAAUGAGUAAAGAAAAUCAGAAGCUAAAGAAAAAUGUGCUUAAAGCAUUAAUCAACAUAGUCCACCAGUGAUUUGUUAAAGAACACCGUUUUGUGAGGUUAUGAUGCCAUGGCAAGCUGGAGGCUACAGCUUCCUCCAAAAUGUUGGCAGCUUUCUUCCUGACUACAUGUCAAACUGUAGAGGCUGUAGUCUUUUGUAAGUUGUCUCUUUUAAAAGAUGAUCAUCGACUCAUAUCUUCCUUUAUUCUUUUGCAGAAUAUCACUUUCUUCUGUAGUCAUAUAGGAGCCGGGAUGGAUCAGUCAGUAUAGUGAGAGGCUAGAUGGCUGGGGUUCAAUUCUUGGCAGGUGAAAGAGGUUUUCCUUAACUCCACAGUGUCCAGACCAGCUGUGAGGACCACCCAGCCUCCUAUCCAAUGGGUACUGGGUACUCUUUCUCCAGG